AUGGAAGCAAAUCUAGCAACGUUUGGAGGCUCCAUCGUUGUGCCUUACGUUCAGGAGGUGGCCAAGGAAUCAUUAAAAACAGUUCCAAAACGUUAUGUACAGCCUGACCAAGACCCUCCAUUCACGUCCUACGCCACUUCACCUCUUGAUAUCCCGAUCAUUGACAUGGAGCGCUUGCUUUGUGGAGAUAAUGUGAUGUUAGAGUUGCAGAAGCUUGAUUCCGCAUGCAAAGAAUGGGGUUUCUUCCAGUUGAUAAACCAUGGAGUGAGGUCUUCAUUGUUGGAUAAAGUGAAGUUGGAGAUUCAAGAAUUCUUUAACCUCCCAAUGGAAGAGAAGAAGAAGUUGCGUCAACAACAUGGAGAUAUUGAUGGAUAUGGGCAAACUUUCGUUGUUUCUGAGGAGCAAAUACUUGAUUGGGGAGACAUGUUUUACUUAACUACCCUACCAACCCACUUGAGGAAACCUCACAUAUUUCCCAUGGUCCCUCUCCCUCUCAGAGAAACCAUAGAAGCUUAUGCAGUAGAAGUGAGAAAUCUGACUUUGAAGAUCUUUGACUUGCAAGCUAGAGCUCUGAAAAUUAACCCUGAAGAUCUUAUGGAGUUAUUCAAAGAAGGGAUGCAAUCAAUCAGGAUGAACUACUAUCCUCCAUGCCCACAACCAGAAAAAGUCAUAGGCGCCAAGCCUCAUUCUGAUGCCGUUGGCCUUACUAUCCUCCUUCAACUUAAUGAAAUGGAAGGUCUUCAAAUAAAGAAAGAUGGGAUGUGGAUUCUUGUUAAACCACUUCCUAAUGCAUUUAUCAUCAAUGUUGGCGACAUUUUGGAGAUGGUUACCAAUGGCACUUACCAUAGCAUUGAACAUCGGGCAAUUGUAAAUUCUGCAAAGGAAAGGCUCUCAAUUGCCACGUUUUAUAGCCCAAAACUUGGUGGAGAUAUCGGUCCUGCUCCCAGUCUGAUUACCCCACAAAAUCCAGCGAAGUUCAAAAGAAUAGGAGUUGUAGAUUACUUCAAAGGCUUAUUUACUCACAAGGUUGCUGGUAAAUCAUACCUAGAUGUCAUGAGAAUCGAAAAAGAGGAAAGCUAA